UGUCUGUCUCCCUCCUUCGCCUCUCUCUCUCUUCUCUUUGUCGCCUUGCCUUCCCUUGCAAAUCUGUCCUUUCCUUUCUUUUUAUUUUUUUUCCUUCCCAUUUUCAGUUUUGCUUCCCCUUGUUUUCUGUUUCUCCUUUUCUAUAUUCAUUCCGCGUUACCUCUGUUUGUUACGUGCGUACGAUCUUCUUAUCCCCUAAACGCCACUUCUCAACCCCCUCAACACAACUAACUCCCCUCGAAUAUACCUCCCUACGACGUCGUUUGGGUCAUGCGACGCCGUUUUCGCUUCCUCGCUACCCACUGCCUUUAGCUAGCAGCGUGGCGAAUUCGGGAUUAUGUACAGCCAGUCUUUCGAGUUUCAAUCUCAAGUUUGCUAAAAUCGCCCAGCGGAGCGAGAACGGAAGGCGGGAGACAGAUAUGAGCAUCCAACCGUUAAACUUGGUGCGUCCUACAACAGCGUUAGACAUUGAGAAUGGUCUCGCUCUUGUACCGCGCAUAAAGCUCAAUCUCACUAUCUAUCCCUCUGGCUUCACUGUCACCAAACCCAUCGACGAGUGGAAGAUCAAGCGAGCUCUAGUUGACUUUCUCAAGUCCUCGCUUUCUACACCCAUUACUGUUCCCGAAGAAGAUCUCAACAUCAAACGCCUCAGAGACCUUAAGAAGCGCAAGCGCGAUGAUCCAGUUGCUACCGGAACACUUCACAUCUGGGACUUAGGGUUUCUUGACGAUAGCAGUCGAAAGGAUACUGAGGAAGAGGACGUGAAGGAUUUGGACAAGAAAUUCUUCGAAUGGAGAAAGUAUCUUGUUGAGAAGAUGGAAGGCAUCGAGUUGAACCUGGAAGGGGUUAAGUUCAGGCUUUCUGUAUCUGUUCCGGCUUCAGAUGAUUUUGAGGCCAUGAAAAAAUUGUGGGAAGAGUUUUAUGCAUUUGGCAAUCGAGGGUAUUCCAGAGGGAGGCAAGAACCGGAUACAAUUACUCUUCGAGGUCUGCCAUCGCGGUGGUUCUCGGAGCCGAGGGUUUCGUCUAAGCCUUCUAUGCUCGUUACUCACACCAUCUUCUCGGCAUUUGGCAAAAUAAGGAAUCUUACUGUUGCUGAGGACGAUGAUCUAGGUAAGGAUGCAGGCGAAGAAAGUGAAGGCCUAAUUUCAGGCCUUUAUUGCAAGAUCGUGGUUCAGUUUGAGAAAUACAGAGACUUCUACGAUGCAUUGAGACUAUUGUGUGGUCGCUCCUUACAAAAGCAAGGGUCACGUUUAAAGGCUGAUUAUGAAGUUAGUUGGGAGAAAGAUGCGCCUUUUCGGAGUUCAAGGAAUCAGAUACAGGAGAAAGAUAACAGGAGUGAAGCUCCCAGGCGCCACUCCUACAGCUCCCGCCACAGUCCAGAGACUAUGCGCCCUAGGAGGUUUAAGGUUAGAUUACUGUAAAAUCGGUGAUAGUUUACAAGUCUUCCAUCAUUUGACCACAAACGCUUUAUGUGAUAUGCAGGAAUAAGGAAUAUUCAUUUUAAUCGUGGACUGAGCUACCAAAGAUUAGAAUUUGGAUUGUUGUGGUAUAUGGACUGCAGCCACUUUCUUUGGGAGAGAGACUUUGGGCUCUUUGGGUCUAAGUCAAGGACGCGGUUUUACUCGGUGCAUUGUAUUGUGCCAAGGUUUUAAGCAUUUUCCCCCGGGUUGGCUAAAAUCCAUGACGCUGAUUGCAUGAAAGUCUAGCAAUUCAGAUGUGAAGUAGAUGAUAUUUUCACCUUUUGUUCCUAUGGAUAUCUAUCUUGUCCUUAUUCUGAUGUUGCAUUGCCAGCAUUGGUCGUGAAUUUUAUAGGUUUGUGUAGGAUGACAGCUGAUCCAUAUGAAAUUACACAGAUUUGGCUAGGCCUAAUCAAAAUUAUUCAGUUGGGAAGGAGUUGGAUGAUGAGAGUGCAUUUGAAAUGUGAGUAAGAUUGGAUUUUUUUUAUAUUCAUGUGCCAACAACACUGGAAAUUUUACCCAAUAAAACGGCACAUUUAAUUC